UUUGGGCCAUUAUGUGAAUACACGUGCCACUGCCUAGGAAAUUUUACCUGCAGUAUACCCAAUGGCUUCAGGUGUCCUGAAGGGUGUCAAACCUACUGGAAAGGCUACGGAUGCCAUCAGCAAAAGCCGUAUUUUGAGAUGGCACCUACAGUGACCUCAAGAACGCUUCAUUCUGUUAGCAUUGGCUGGGACAUUUGGUCUUCGGGGAGAUACCCGGGGGAAGGCAGCGUACGCUCUUACGUUGCCAGAGUCUGGAAAGACGGUAACGUCAUUGACGUUAGGAAAAAUUCUGCGGAUAUCACGUCCAUCGCCAUUGAAAACCUUCUGGAGUACACAGCGUAUGAGUUCACUGUAUCUAUCGAGGAUGAAGAAGGACAGGAGGGGAAACAAAGUCCGAGUGUCGCUAAAAUGACAUGUGGAGCUCCUUCCAUUAUUCCACAACCAGACAUUAUCCUAUCCCUGAAAGUACCGUGGAACACUGCACAGAUAAGAUUAAAAACUCAUGAUAUGACAGAAGCGGUACAUAGGUGUGAUGGAUUUGCCAAACUGAAACUGUAUGUCAAUAGAGAGUACGGAAACAACACCAGGAAAGACGUUGUGGUUGUCAAAGAAAGUCAGGACAUUUAUAUCGAAGACCUGGUUCCAUACAGCAAUUUUACAGUGUACAUAUCAGCAGUGAGUAAUCUUAAUCUUGAGGGACCAGUAUUGGUGCUUAAUGGGCGGACACCGGAAGGAGAGCCAGGACCACCUUCUAACUUCACCGCUACAAGCAGAUCGCAAACGUCUCUAGAAUUUUCAUGGAAAGCACCACGUGUCAGAAAUGGAAUAAUAACAGGCUACAAGAUUGAAUGUUACACUGAUGGCAAAGGUGUCUCUGCAGAGCUCAGUAUGCAUGCAAGAAGCUACGUCUUUAAACAGUUGACAUCGGGGACUAAGUACACGUGUAGUUUGAAAGCCAAAACGUCGGCAGGUUAUGGGAAUUCGUCACAGCUUGUCACGUGGACGGAACCAAAAGAUCCAGAAAUCGGUGGGAUCGUCGGUGGUGUUGUUGGCGCCACAUUUGUGGCGGCGGUUGUGGUUAUGGCAAUCGUGAUAACACUGCUGAGAAGACGAAGACGAGAACGGGAGGCUAACAGUUCAAGUAGUGUUCCUGAAAGAGAAGUCUCCAAUCUAGGGCUGGAGCACUGCAGUGAAAAUAUUGAUUACGAACAUCCAAUGCGCCAUUGGCAGGAAACCCUGUACACAGACCUCGUGCUAAGUUCAAAUGACGACGUGGAGCAAUCUGGAACUGGCAAUCUUGGUGAAGAUCGUUCUAGAUAUUAA